ACAUCUGUUGUAAAAAAGCUCCGCAAAAACGGGAAAGACGUCAGCCAGCACCACCCGCCUAUCUCAGCUGCGGAUUUGCGGCUGCUCAGGGCUUCACAGGCGCUGUCUGUGAACACAGCCGGCGGACUGGUCCGGAAAGUGUGGAUGGAUGUCCAACUGCAUCUUGCCAGACGAGGCAGAGAGGGAAAUCGACAUUUGAAUCAAAGCUCUUUUAUUUUGAAACGUGAUGAUCACGGAUGCGAAUAUAUAUCUCUUGCCCACAACGCCGAUACCAAAAAUCAUAAAGAUCCAAAAGACACGAAUAAAGAGAAUGACAGAGGUUUUAUUUUCGCCGAGCCUGAAAACCAAAAUUGCCCCGUUGCCAGCUUCAAAAAGUAUGUUUCCCUGUGCCCAUCUGACGCCAAAGCCUUCUACCUUCACCCACUAAAAAAGGACCAACAGCUUCUCAACGGUGAAUCAGUGUGGUAUUCACGUGAGCCCAUGGGACAUCAUUUCCUUGGGCAAAUGCUACCCACAAUAAGCCAGGCAGCCCAGCUUUCAAAGCGCUACACAAACCAUAGCUUGAGAAGCACGGCUGUACAACUGCUCUCUCAGGCUGGUCUUGGAUCAAAAGAGAUCAUGUCUGUGACUGGGCACAGGUGCGAGAGCAGCCUGAAGAGUUACUGGGCUCCAACAAUAACCGAAAGGGAGAAAUGGAGCAACAUCCUGUCAUCCAACCCAGGAAAUAGCACCACAUCGGAUGUGUCAUCUGCGAAACCCCCGCAAGGAGAGAGGAUCGAGGACAGAAACGUUGAUCUCAAUAUCCCUAAAGAUUUCCCAUUCACCAUGUCACAUUGUACUAUUAAUGGAAACGUUCAGGUUAAUGUUAAUUACAGCUAAGGCUCAAAUGCUAACAUGCACAGAGUUAGUUGCUAUCGAAGCAGUUCCUGCCGUUGCAACAGCCUAGUUCAAACAUCAACAACGGACUAUUUUUCGUAGCGGAUGAAUGUCAUUUUAAAUCAGUUACAACUAUGUUUUUAAUCAUUAA